CGCCCAGAGAGAAGCGGCGGCCGAGAGAUGAGGGGCCCGGGGCUCCUGCUGUGUCUGUGCGCCCUGCUGGAGCGGCUGAGCCCGGCCCGGAGCCUGCACCACGCCGUGCACUGGAACUCUAGCAACCCCAGGUUCCUGAAGGAGGACUACACGGUGCAGGUGGCCAUUAACGAUUACUUGGACAUCUAUUGUCCGCACUAUGAGCUCCAGGUUCCUGUAGAGCAAACUGAGAACUUUAUGCUGUAUAUAGUGGACCGUGAGGGUUAUGAGGGCUGCUACACGACCCCUGCGUCCCACAAACGGUGGCCAUGUAACCGGCCGCACGCUCCCGCCGGGCCCAUCUAUUUCUCCGAGAAGAUCCACAGAUUUUCCCCAUAUUCUCUGGGGUUCGAGUUCCAUGCGGGACAAGACUAUUACUACAUCUCGGUCCCGGACGAGGGCAGUGUAGGUAAAUGUCAGAGGCUCCGCGUGACGGUCUGCUGUCGGCCCACAAGCCGGCCCGUCACGGAGGUCCCCAAGUCACAGCCUCGGGGCGGGGAACCUGGCAGGAGGUCACCCUCUCAGGGCGAUUCCCGGAGGCAGAGUGGAAACUCCUCAGCCGGGCCCCUCACCUCCUCCGUCCUCCUCCUAACUCUAUGUCUCAUCUUCCUCUGGUGCUGACGCUGGGGUCUCGGGCCCUUCCUCCUGGACCGUGGGGCCCCGCACUCUUCCUGUAGACGGAGUUCCCAGCAGCACUGAUGGCUCCUGAACACGUUAUUACGGAACGAGUAGUGAAAGACCCCCGAACCUUGCGCCUCCGAUCUCCCGCCAGGCCACGUAACUCCUCCACGAUUUCCUUUCUGGACCUGGAUCAGAGUUUGUCGAGGGGACAGGAGGUGUUCGGUGGUCCGGGCCCCCAGGACUGAAGACGAGAUGCUGAGAUGAGGACCCCCAGAUAUAUGGCAGCUGCCCCUCCCCCACACUGGGGGCUUUUCUGUCUUCUGUGAAGAUUUCAGGAUUUUAUGAUUUACGUCAGAAAUUGUGUGGAAAAUAAAAGAUUAGCCACUGA